AUGAAUGAAUUGCCAAAGUUUAGUCAUCUUUAUAACAUGAUUCAUAUUGAUGAAAAAUGGUUUUUCAUGAGCAAAAUCACACAAAGAUUCUACUUGUUAUCAGAAGAAGAGGACCCAUACAGAGCAUGCCAAUCAAAAGCAUUCAUUACAAAAGUUAUGUUCUUAGCUGCCAUAGCAAGACCAUGGUUAGGGCCAACAGGGGACAUAAUAUGGGAUGGGAAGAUUGGUAUCUUCCCAUUCAUAGAUGAAGUUAGAGCACAAAGGUGGUCAGCUAACAGACCAGCAGGUAUAAUUGAGAAGAAGGCAAAGCAAAGUAUUACAAAGGAAACCAUCAGAGAAAUUAUAAUCAACAAGCUUCUUCCAGCAAUUAGAGCAAAAUGGCCAGAGAAUGGGUGCAAAGAGAUAUGGAUUCAGCACGACAAUGCUAGACCCCAUAUCCAACCUAAUGAUGCUGAGUUUUUGGAAGCAUUUAGAGAAGUUGAUGAGUUGAUUAAAAGUGUUGAAGAUGCAUACACAGUGUAUGAUCCUAGGAUAAUCAACUAUACUUGGCUACAUUUGAUGUAUGUUAUGGUGGAGAUAUUGAAGGUCAAGGGUGGAAACAAUUACAAAAACCCACACAAUUCCAAAAAGAAAAAUGGACAGAUAGGGUCUACUACCAACUACUAUUGA